AUGGGCGGAAUAUUUAGCUUUAUUCAUAAAGAGGUUCAAUUAACAACACCACUUCCAGAAUCAAACAGAUAUCUUAUUACCAAAAAACCAGCAUGCGUUGUUAUUUAUUUUCGCUAUAUUGGAACAGGUUAUCAUGGUUUGCAAUAUAACGAGAAAGUUAGGACAAUUGACUCUGAUUUGUUUGAAGGAUUAGAAAAAUCAGGCAUUUUGCCAGAAGGUUCCUAUAAACGCAGAGGAAAAAUAGCUUGGAAUGAAGCGUCUAGAACAGAUGCUGGUGUUCACGCAUGCGGCCAACUUAUUUGCUUUAAAUCUUAUGAAAUUUGUGAUAUGGAGUGUUCACAAAUACCAGAAUUAAUUAACAAAAAUCUUCCAUCGGAUUCAACAAUAAAAAUAAUGUCUUGCUUAUGUACAAAUUCACCAUUUCCAGUUAAAGAUUUCGCAACACAUAGAAAAUACAACUAUUUACUCCCAUUACAUGUCUUUUCAUCAACAGAUCCAGAUCAUUUAGAUUAUUUACGUCAAAAAAUAUGUCCUCUCUUCAUUGGCCAGCAUAAUUUCCACAACUAUACUAAUGGAACACCUAAAACAUACAAAGGUGCUCAAAGAUUUAUUACAGACUUUACUUUUGGCGACGUUUUCACAAUUAAUGGCGAGGAAUACGUUCUCUUUUACAUCAGAGGCAUAAGUUUCAUGCUCAACCAGAUUAGAAAGAUGAUAUCCAUGGUUACAGCCGCUUCUUUCAACCAAGUUACUCCAGAAGAAGUUUCGAGAUCAUUAACAGAAGAAACAUGCAGAAUCCAGUUAUUACCAGGCGACGGAUUAUUCCUUGAUCAAAUAGAGUACGAAGAAUACAUGAGUAAGCUAAAACAUCCAAAUCCAAAUAAUGAUAUUGAAUUUCGUGCUUGGAGACCAGUUAUUGAAGAAUGGAAGCAAAAAGUUCUGUUCCCACAUAUAGCACAAACGAUCAAAAAGACAGAUGUCUUUAGAUCAUGGCAGAAAAAUUGCUUAUUACAAUUUCCAGUUCAAUUUGUUAAAGAGUAA